UUGCACCUUGGAAAUAUUUCUGUUUUCCCGGCGGUCAGCGUUCACAGACAUGCUUUCUCUGUCAUUACGGCAAACAUUACAGCCCCUCUUCCUCAGGUUUUCAGGAUGUUUGGGCCGAGAGGGGCAGGUCACAGCGCAGUGGUGCGGGCGAGGCCUCAGCAGUGCCGGCGGGUGGACGGGACAGGAGAGCCUGGCACAGGACGACCCAGAGAUGUGGAGCCUCCUCCAGCAGGAGAAGGACAGGCAGUGUCGGGGACUGGAGCUCAUCGCAUCAGAGAACUUCUGCAGCCGUGCCGCUCUCGAAGCCCAGGGCUCCUGUCUGAACAACAAAUACUCUGAGGGAUACCCAGGACAAAGGUACUAUGGAGGUGCAGAGAUCGUAGACAAGAUUGAGCUGCUGUGUCAGAAGAGAGCGCUUAAUGUCUUUGGUCUUGACCCAAAUCUGUGGAGCAUCAAUGUCCAGCCGUACUCCGGAUCGCCCGCUAACUUUGCAGCCUACACAUCUGUACUGCAGCCUCAUGACCGCAUCAUGGGCCUGGAUCUGCCUGACGGAGGACACCUCACCCACGGCUACAUGACAGACACCAAGAGAAUCUCAGCCACCUCCAUCUACUUUGAAUCCAUGCCUUACAAGCUGGAUCCCAAAACAGGUCUGAUAGAUUAUGAGCAGCUGGAGAAGACGGCUCGACUCUUCAGACCUAGACUCAUCAUAGCGGGAACCAGUGCCUACGCUCGCCUCAUCGACUACUCUCGCAUAAAGAAGCUGUGUGUGGAGCUUAAUGCCUACCUGCUGGCAGACAUGGCUCAUAUCAGCAGCCUGGUGGCAGCAGGAGCUGUGCCCUCUCCUUUUCAGCACGCUGACCUGGUCACCUCCACUACCCAUAAGUCCCUGCGUGGAACAAGGGCCGGUCUGAUCUUCUACCGGAAAGGUGUGCGGUCCGUGGAUAAGAAAGGUCGGGAGGUGACCUAUGACCUCCAGGACAGGGUGAACUUUGCCGUGUUCCCAUCACUUCAGGGAGGACCUCACAACCACGCCAUUGCAGGGGUGGCCGUCGCCCUCAAACAGGCUUCCACUCCCAUGUUCAAACAGUACAUUGCUCAAGUGCUGCUGAAUGCCAAGUCCAUGGCUAAUGCGCUGCUGAAGAAAGGCUACACCAUGGUGUCAGGUGGAACAGACAACCACUUGGUGUUGGUUGACCUUCGACCUCGUGGGAUGGAUGGGGCUCGAGCUGAGAGGGUCCUGGAGCUGGUGUCCAUCACCGCCAACAAGAACACCUGCCCCGGAGACAAGAGCGCUCUCACUCCAGGAGGACUCAGGCUCGGAACUCCGGCUCUCACCUCCAGACAGUUCAAGGAGGCAGACUUUGAAAAGGUUGUGGAGUUUAUUGAUGAAGGGAUUCAGAUCGCAGCGGAUGUGAAGAAGAAGACUGGAAAUCUGGCCAGCUUCAAGUCCUUCCUACUGGAGGACCAAGAGACAGUGUUGCGCAUCGCAGAUCUCCGCCAGCGGGUGGAGCUAUUCGCCAGGCCCUUCCCUAUGCCCGGAUUCACUGACCACUAAUUACGCCACACACAGAAAGGCUGUGGACAUUUCCUUUAUUACUCAUCUAAUGUAAUAGUCUAAGAUAUUUUUGAUAAUGUUGCCAUGGAAACAAGCAUUGUUUCAAAACACUGUCAGGUUUAUGUCAGUUGAAACUUGUGUUAGUGUGCAGCAUCAGCAGUCUUUUCUCAUUUCCAUAUCAACAAUAUAUAUCUGCCAAAUGACAUGUAAAUAUAAUGUGAUUUAUAAAAGCCUGAUGAAUAAAAAGUCACAUAAUACAAAUUUCCAAAUAAUGCAGAUACAAUGUAACUGUUUAUUAAUGUAUUUGUCAUCAAUUAUAACUUGUAAGGCAUCCAUAAGUGGAGGCUGCUGUAUGAACAGAUACAGAUAAUAAACGAUGAUGAAACACAGUUGUAAUGAUGUAUUUAUGUAUGAAAAUAUGUCUUCAUAGAAGUUAUAAUUGACAAAUAUACUUUACAUUAAUACACACGUACAUUAACAAAUACUUAAUGUCUUAAUAUUGGCUUACAACUACAUUAUAGUGCAUUAUUAACCAUUUAUUAAAGGGGUAAUACUGUGUAUAAAUGCUAAAUGUAAGUAAGUGUUACCUAAAUGUAGGCCUAAUUUUCAGAAAUGUAGCCUAUCACAUCAGCAGGUUUCAUUGUAUUAGCAACCCAUUUAGGGGAACAACCUAUUACAGUGAUGUGCAAAAUUAUUAUAAGCUGACUUGGGAAAUUAUGUUUGAACCUAGUAGUUAUAGAAAAUGAAUUGCUUUGUGCAGGCAGUAAUACAUCAACAGCUGCUGCACUCGCUCUAAUACAUUUUCCACUUCUCAGACUGUUGUUCGCUGCCCUAAGCCGAGAAGGACCGUAAGUGUUUUAGGUAUUUGGCUUUUUGUCGCUAAGCUCUUUUUAGAGCCCUUAUCAAUGCCAGGCUUUGUCCCAAACCCUAAACCACAAACAAAAGGGGAAACAG